AUGUCGAACAAUUAUCACCAGGUGGUCCUUGUUAUGAAUUGCUGUGGCACCACAAAACCAGGAAAUAAGCCUUCUUCUAAUUCCUCUCUUCUUUACUUUCGUGAUAUAGUCAUCAAUAUUCACCAAGCCAUAAAAGAAUGGGCUUUGAAAACAAUUUUGUUUUUAAAGGCUGGUCAAAGAAGUUUAAGCCUUACUCAAGAAAAACUGUUGCUCUCUAUUUACUCGACCUCAAACCACUCGAGCCUCCAAAUGGUGUUGGCUCAAGAUGAUCUCUCAUUACCUCUUUUAAACACAUCUUUGAAGAAUCAUCAAAGUCAAUACAAAGACUGCCAUGAAGAUAACGUAAUAUCUUCACAAAUUGUGUACUUUACGACUGAAAAGUUUGAUUGUGUUUCUGAAGAUUUAAAUCAAACUCUAGGAGAGUUGUAUGGAGACAACAUUGAUUUGCAUGUGAUUAAGGUUGUGCAUGAUUUUGAAACAGAUGUUUGUUUAGACACAGCUUUUAUUGAUAUGAUCGAAACGUUUCCCAAUACCAGGUCCACUUCCGUGUUUAAUGAUCCUUUGUGCAUUUCAAGAGAAUUGUUUCUUUCCACAAAACACAUUUUGAAACGACAAGGAAGGGAGAUGGCUUUAUUGAUUUCAUCAAACAUUGAAGCUCUGAAGUUUUCUGUUCUUCCUUCAAGCACCUUAAACGAUUUUGAGAUUUCUGUUUCGGAUAGAAAAUGUCAGUGCCAUCACGAAAAAGUUAAUUCUAACGUGUUUUACAAACAACUGCAGAAAGGGUUUGUUUGCAGUUCAACUCUAAAGAUCAUUGAUCAUUCAGACACCGUUCCCCUCUUACGAAUUGGAGAUGGAUUGACAGAAUUGCUUUUCAACUCUGGAAUCGAUGAAAAGAACCAAGUUGUACACACAAUCAUUGAGAUGCAAGCAGUAUCAAGGGUAAAGCUUUGCUCCUUGCCAUAUGAGCUACUGAUUGGAGAAACCUGUUUGCUAAUACCCUCUAUUGACAUGGAUAUAUCGAAAGUGGAACAAAACGAAUCAGAGGUGUAUUACUUGUGUCGACAUCUUGUUGACAAUAACGAAGGUCUUCUCUGUAGAUCUGAAUCCUCGUUCAAGGCAACAAGCAUUAAGGACAGUGGUUUGAUAUAUCAUUUUCUUGUUGUUCCUGAUUUAGAAAUGAAAUGUCUAAUUAUUCGACAAAUAGCAACCUCGGACGAGGUAGUUCCUCCAGUUUUUUUGUCGAGAUUAACUCAAAAUUUACCAAAUUCAAAAGUUUUAAAGGAGCUCGAAAACAUAGAAGUGACGGAUGAGUUCAACCCUUUAUCAGUUAACAGUAACAAGAUUAACUUUGUUUACAAAACAAUAGCUCUAGCAUCUGCACAUCAGAAGAAGAAUGAUGAGAAAAAACCAAAGUGGGACUCCAGAACUUCCUUAAUGCAAUCUUCAACAAGCGUGAAUGAACCAACUUCAAGGCGAGCGGUCAAUAUUGACAAGGGUCAAUCUAAGAGGGUAAAGAAAUUAGUUUUCAAGUGA